AUGUCUGCGGCUCCAUACAUUCCGUCAGACCAACCUCCCCCCGCACUCGUGGACCACACCUACGCUUUCAGCCCAGAAGUCGAACAAUACAACAAACCUUUAGAAGAAAUCAUCCUUCUCAAUGCUCCACGCGAUACCAUCGGAGUAGGAGCAUUCGUCUUCAAACCCUCGUCUUCAGGCGAGCCUCUACUCCUCUUGAUCCGCCGUUCGGCCUCCGAAUCUGCGUAUCCAGAAAUGUACGAAGUCCCAGGCGGGGGCGCAGAAGCCCCUCCAAUAGACGCCACACUUUUGGACUCAGUGGCACGAGAGCUAUUUGAGGAGACGGGCUUAGUAGCCACCAAGAUUGUUAAGCUUAUAGAUACGGCGGACUUCCAGGGGAGGAGGGGUGAUCUGUGGCGCAAGUUUAAUUUCGAAAUUGAAGUUCAGGAUUCCGAGCAUGUGGUUUUGCAACCGUCGGAGCAUGAUGAGUUUAAGUGGGUCGGGAAGGAGGAAUUUGAAAGGUUAAUUGCGUCAGAGGAGAUGAGGACUAUGCCGUCACAGCAGAUUACGAUAAGAAGGGCGUUCGAUGCCUACGCUCUAUGA